UCUCUCUCUCUCUCUCUCUCUCUGUAGCUGACGAGAGCAAACUCCAAGUCAACCUCCACCACCAUUAGCACCGCUUGCUCCGAAUGGAAGAGGAUGAAGAAGCUUACUAUCUCAUACCAAAACCAACUGACUGGUUUACUAACAUAAUCUCCCUCCAAGCAGAUUUGAUCUACAACUGCAUGGUCUUUCUCUCCUCCCCAAUCUUCUCCUUCUUCUCCAUGGUCUCUGAAUCUUAUCGCCGUGCAGAGGAGGUCACCCAUACAGUUGAGACCACUGUCCAGAAAGUACCUUCCACCAUCACCAAUGGAAUCAUCCUCUUGCUUAGGAAACUGGGUUUUGGGUUUCUUGGUGCUGCUUAUGUCUGCAUGGUUCUGAUUGCGGUUUUUAUUAUAGCAGUUGUGGUGGGUGUUGGGUUGGUGCAGCUAUGGGUGGAAGAGCCUGUUUUUGUUAGAGAAAGGUUGUAUUUUGAUUACACUGAGGCCCAUCCAAAAGCUCUGUUUUCUUUUGGUGGUUUUGAAGGACUUCAGGGGAGCCAGAGGAAGAAGCAAAUGGGUGUUCCAGUUGGUCAAACUUUCUAUGUUUCAUUGGCCCUUUUGAUGCCUGAAUCUGGUUUCAACAGGGACAUUGGAGUUUUUCAGUUAAGUGCAGAAAUCAUAUCCACCAAUGGCGAUGUGAUAGAAAAAUCUAGUCAUCCAUGCAUGCUAAGAUUUAGAAGCCUGCCAGUUCGACUUGCAAGAACAGCUCUAUUUGGUGUCCCUCUGGUACUAGGAAUUACUGGUGAAACUCAGAGGAUCACCAUUGAAAUACUCAAGCAUAAAGAAGGUCACCCAAGAACAGGUGCUAUCAGAGUAAUUUUGAGUCCAAGAGCUGGAACUGCAUUUCUUCCCCAGCUGUAUGAAGCCGAGAUUCUCAUUAACUCCAAGCUACCAUGGAUUAAAGAGUUGAUUCACAGUUGGAAAUGGACGUUUUAUGUGUGGUCGUCUUUGAACACCUACAUCUUUUUUCUAAUGUUUCUCAUUCUGUGCUGCAAACCGCUCUUGUUCCCAUUGGUAACAGCAAGUUUGAGCGAACAAAGUGAAAGAGAAUUGGCAAUUGAAUCGCCUAAAGAGCCAGAAACUAGAGCUGAAAAUGAGGAGGAAGAAGAAGAAGAAGAAGAAGAAGAAGAAGUUGCAGAGUUUUUAAGAAGAUGGAGACAGAGCAGAAGCAAGAGAAAGGCAAUCUAUUUGCAAGAGCGAAUGCCAGAAACCGUUGGAUCAUCUGCAUCAACAAUCAGUAUAGCCAGAGAAGAGACUAGUGAUGUUGGGGACUCGGAAUCAGUGUGUUUAGGAGGUUGACUUAACUUUUGUAUUUUUCGUGGACUUUUUAUAUGUUGUAGAAUAAUCAUUGCUCUGCUUCGUUUAUUGUAUGGAAAAUCCUCGUAAGGGCAUUUUUAUAGGACAAAAGUUUUAACACCAAAUAAGAAGCUCCUUUGUUAA